GCGGGUCGUCGUUUUAUCGGGGAUCUACUAUUCUGCCUGGCGUUGGUCCGCGUCCUAGCGGAAGUACUGACGUGUUCACACCAGUUCGCUCGAGAGUUAGCUAGUUUAGCUAGCUUGGUAGAGCCGGGUAGUGACAACAGCGGCCGUACCAGAAUGUCAGAAGGGGACAGUGUUGGGGAGUCAAUCCAUGGGAAACCCUCUGUAGUUGCUGCCUUCUUCACACGGAUUGGACAGGUCUAUCAGUCAUGGCUAGACAAGUCAACGCCAUUCUAUGCAGGGCGAUGGGCAGCCACUCUACUAUUUACUGCUGUCUACAUGAUCAGAGUGUACAUACUACAGGGAUGGUAUAUAGUAACAUAUGCUUUGGGAAUAUACCAUCUCAACCUCUUCAUUGCUUUUCUAUCGCCGAAAGUGGAUCCCUCGAUGCUUGACGAAGAUGAAGGCCCAUCCCUUCCGACCAAGCAGAACGAGGAGUUCCGCCCCUUCAUCAGGAGGUUGCCUGAAUUUAAAUUCUGGCAUUCUGCGACAAAAGGCAUCGUCAUCGCCAUGAUUUGCACCUUUUUUGAUGCCUUCAAUGUUCCAGUGUUCUGGCCCAUACUUGUAAUGUACUUCAUCAUGCUCUUCUGCAUCACCAUGAAGAGGCAGAUCAAGCAUAUGAUCAAGUACAGAUACCUACCCUUCACACACGGGAAGAGGACAUACAAAGAGGAAACAUAAGAAAACAGAGAUUGAGAGCUUUUAUUAUAACAAAUGGAUGAAGUGGGUGACGAUCACAUUUUUCUUUUCUAUAAACCUGUUGAUUUUUUUCUUCUUCCCAUUUUUAUCACUAUGCUGGGGAUUAUCUGUCAUUAAUAAAUUAAGAUCAGCAAUGUAGUAAGGGAUCAAAACAUUUUCCUGUAAAAAGUUUGUUUCAAAAGAUUGUCAGGAUGAUUUGUAUAUACAUAUAUAUAUUUUAAAAUGAUAUUUUUUUUUAGAUUAUUUUAGUUUUAGUUUUUUUUCAAACCAUGUUAAAUGUUUGUUUUUUUCUUCCUUUACAUUACACUUGAAAUUGACAAAGCAGAACUGGUUUAUUGGGUUAAAUUUGAUUAAUUAAACAUGUUUCUCACGGAUUGCAUGUUCUUGUUUUCUUGUGCUACAGUUAUUAAAAAAAAGCAACUUGAUUUUAAUAGCUGAAGUGUAUUUUUUUUUCUCACUCCAAAUGCCAUUAAAGAGGUUGUGUCCCUUCAAUCACUA